UCCCUAAAUUUCGGGUGCAUUUCUAAUCAUAUUCUCUCUCUCUGGUGGCUCCUUGAGCUUAGAUUAAACAUGUUUGAGAAUGUCAAGCUAUUCUCCUCUUGGUCUAGAAGAAACAGGGACACAAGCAUUUCUAAUACACAGAAGAAAAACAGGCAAAAGCACAUACAAGGAGGAAGAUGAGGGAGAGAAUAUUUAUGCAGAAGGCACCACUUUAACACCUGUUUACAGCAGGUUUAAUAGAGCACAGACAGACUAAAGCGACAGGCAGGUAAUUUAUGAUUAUGAUCUUUGUUAUUCCUGUUUUUCUAUUGAUUAUUGAUUAAGGAGGCAACUUGUCCAAUUAUGAAUGCCAGACAUGUUUUUCUUUGUUAAAGCAGACAGAGUUUACGGAAAAACAUAUUGAUUUGACAAGCUUUAAUUUAUUUUUCUGCAUAAUUACAUUCAUGGUGAACCCACACGGGUCAUUUUAAUUAUUCUGAUCAGACCUCUUCUCAGGACUGUGUGGGCAUGGACAAAUCACACCUUUAUCAUUCUUAUUAGUACACUGUGUUUGGUGGUUUCAUGCAAUUCCAGUGUAGCUCUGCUCACCUUCAACCUCACAGACGUCUAAUCAUCCAGAUCGCCGCUGACACACAGUCCGACCGACAGGGAGACAAAUCAUUCCCAGAGGAGGAUGGAGUUUUGCAGCUGAAGAAGGGGAAUUUCAACAGGGCGCUGAAAAAAUACAAGCAGCUACUGGUGCACUUCUAUGCUCCUCUAUCUGGAGAUGGCCAUCGUGUGUCAGAAGCAUUCAAUGGAGCUGCAGCAGAGCUUCAGGGGUCAAAGGUCAAAUUUGCAGUGGUUGAUAUGGCAAAGGAGAAGGACCUGGUUAAAGAACUCAAUGCAGCAGGCCUCCCAGCCAUCAGACUGUACAUCUCUGGAGAUAAAAACAACCCUGUGCUCUGCCCCAUUCCUCGGAACUCGGCUUCUAUUGUGACCUGGAUGAAGAGGAGGGCGGGGUCUGCCACUGACCUCAUCGCUGAUCUUAGCCAAUCAGAGGACUCAGAUGAGCUGCAAGUGGUUGGGAUCUUUAAGGAUCUGAACUCUGAGUACGUCCAGGUGUUUUAUGACGCAGCAAUCGACCUUCCUGAUGUUAAAUUUGUUGUGACACAAAACGAUGAGGUCAUCAGCAAAUAUGAUCUCGCACAUGAUGUUGUAAUGCUGCUCAAAAAGUCUGAGCUCAUCCAGGCUUACAAAAUGAUGUCUCAGACGUCUAAAGAAGAGCUGAUCAUCUUUAUCACUGUCUACCAGAUGGAUCCAGUCACUGAGUACUCUGGACAGACAGCCACUCAGAUCUUAACAUCACCUGUAUUAAGCCACGCCAUCCUGUUUGUCAACAAAAGCUCAGACUUUCAAGAGAUCUACUCUGCCUUUAAAAGCACUGCAGAAUCAUUCAGGCUGAAGAUUUUGUUUGUGAUGGUGAACGUUGAUGAGCCUCGUAACGGCAGGUUGAUGGAGUACUUCCGAGUUCGAGAUUUUGAGGCUCCUCUCAUCCGACUGGUCAACCUGACAGACCAUUUGACCUACCACCUGCCCUCUGACACUCUGGAUGGAGCGACCAUAAAGAAAUUCUGCCAGUCGUACCUCGACGGCAAGGCCAAGCCAAAGAUGCAGAGUGAGCCGAUACCUGAAGGAUGGGACAAACAGCCGGUGAAGGAGCUGGUGGGAACGACACUGGAGAAAGUUGCCUUUAACCCCGACAAGACUGUUUUUGUCUUGUUCUAUCUACCCUACAGUAAAAAGUCCCAAGCUCUGUUCCCGCUGUGGGAGGAGCUAGCCGAGGCCUACAAGGAGCAAGAGGAUGUGGUCAUCGCUCGCAUGGACCCGUCAGCCAACGACAUCAACUUGUCGAUGCAGGAACCCUACCCAUCGCUCUGCUUCUUUCCUGCUCUACAUGCAGAGAGGAUGGUUGUUUACACUGGUAAGCGGAAGCUGAAGAGUCUGGUUAAGUUUAUCGAUAAAGAGAUGAAGAAAGCCAAAAAAGACAGAGUUAAGGAGGAUGAAGAGAGGAAGAAGUACAUCGAGGCCGCAAAAGCUGAAGAUGCAAAAAAAGCCAACAAAACCAAAGAUGAGCUUUAAUGCACAAAGAAAGAUAGUACAAAGUGUGUGUGUGUGUAUGAGAGAGUAUAUGUGUGUGUGUUAUUAUACCUUUUAGUCAGCUAUUCUCUAAACAGAGAUUGGGUUUAUCUACUUCACCAUAUGUCAGAUCAAAACCAAUAAA